GACUAGGUCCCAUAACGCCCCCCGGGGGCAAAACGCCAUUUGUGAAUAUCUGGCGUAUAUUGACAUUAAACACCUUAUAAUCACACAAAACAAAAAGGUUUCACUUAUUACUGAUGGUUCUCAUACGAAGAAGUAGAUUAAAGACCGUAAAUCCUACAAAAAUUCGAAUAUUAAUAAUAACACACUAUGCCAUCUAAUUUCACUCACUUCUCUUGUAAGCUUCUACAAAGAUCCUUUUAAUCAUUAAGGUCUGUAAAUCACUGUAUACCCUAAAUCAUAUAUUUCUGCUUCGUUGUGGCACAAAGUUUAAAACAAAAACGAUAUUUUCUGGUUUAUUUAAUAGUUUUUCUACAAAAACUGUUAUUGAGGCAGAAUGCCCCGCAAGUUAACAAAAAACCGAAACAAAUUACCAAGCAUCACAAAUAAAAAAGACGUAUUCGUAGGCCAAGCCACUUCAAAAAAAUUUUUUUUUCAUCGAUAUUUCUUUCUUGUUUAAUAUAUUUAAGAUUAUUUCUUUAAUUAAACUUUAAAAACAUGGCAUUAUAGCUAAAUUAUGUCGUCAUAUACGAUUUUUUUAAUAAUUCAUGCACCAAUUCAAUCUGACCAAUAAACAACCUUUUCCAUAUAAGCCAAUUUGAAAUGUUUGUCUAGCUUACCGAACGAAAACAAAACAACCUGCCAAAGCGGUCGCGCGAUAGUUUCGGUUUCGGGUUGAAAAUGGUGCGAAAUUAUAUCCGUAAAACGACCCGUCGUGCGUGGACGGUCACCCAAUUGACGGGCGCCAUCCGUGACGUCCGAUCGGGACAAUCUACGAACAGUGUUUGCCAGAAAUAUGCGAUCCCAAAGCGCACUCUUCGUCGCUACCUGGAAAAACAAGGCGGAACAAAAGGAAACGUCGUUCUUCCUCAUCUUGGAAACUUUGUUCCAAUCUUCGACGAAGAACAAGAGGAUCGCCUUGUUGGGAUCAUAAUCCGCAUGAGCGACUGCGGCUACGGAUUGACCAGUAAGGAUGUAAGAAGUCUAGCCUUCCAGUUCGCCGAGACAAACAACAUAACACAUCCGUUUGAUAUGGAAAAGCAGCACGCUGGAUUGGGGUGGUUCAUUGGAUUCCGUCGACGCCAUCCGAAUCUUGCUCUGCGGACACCCGAAAAAACUUCAAUGGCUCGCAGUACCGGAUUCAAUCGCGCAGCAGUGAAUGUGUUUUAUGACAAUUUGGAGAGGAUUUACGGAAGCAGUGUUUACUCCCCGGACAGAAUCUGGAAUGCUGACGAGACUGGGUUUAGCACCGUCCCAAAUAAGUCUUCCAAAGUGCUCGCUGUCAAAGGGCGACGACAAGUUGGAGCAAUCUCGUCAGCAGAAAGAGGAGUCAACACGACCGUUAUGAUGACGGUAUCUGCUGCUGGCCAGUAUUUGCCCCCGAUGUUCAUUUUCCCCAGACAACGGAUGAACGAUGCGCUCAAGAUUGGUGCUCCGGCUGGCUCGAUUUUCGAAUGCAACCCAAGUGGAUGGAGCACAGUAUCUACGUGUACAAAAUGGUUUGACCAUUUCCUGGCUUACGCAAGACCAACAGCCGAAGCGCCGGUUUUAUUGAUUCUUGAUGGGCACUCCAGCCACACUAAGAACGUCGAGAUGAUCGAAAAAGCAGCACGAAACAAUGUCCGUAUCCUGUCCAUCCCUCCCCAUACUUCCCACAAAUUACAGCCGCUCGAUGUUUCUGUUAUGGGACCAUUGAAGACAAAGUAUGGCCAGGCCGUCGAUCGCCUUUUACGUCGAGAACCAGGACGGGUCGUAACAGUAUAUGAUGUAGCAACAUUGGUUAACGAGGCGUUUGAGGCAACCGCAACAAUGAAGAAUGCCGUAGCAGGAUUUCGAGCUACAGGAAUUCAUCCAUUCGACACGGGGUUGUUCUCUGACGCGGACUUUGCCGCCGCUACCAAUUUGAUCGCAUCCAACCGUACUGCGGAUAAAAAUGUACAAACGGAAGCAAUCAAACCCACGCCAUCAACUGCAGCUCAGUUUAUCACGUUCAGUAUGUGCGAGAAUAACAGCUACAUGACCACGCAGGAUAAACCGGGACAUGAUGAUUUGAUUCAAGUAAACGGCUGUGAGUUACUUCAGUUUGAGAUUCCACACCAAGAACGUAAUGAACCCGAGUUCGGAUGGGAGGUCAGCGGUGAUUCGGAAUUUCUAACGGUUGAUCCGAACGUUUAUUACACUGUUGAAAAAAAUGGGGCCGUCACCAUUCAAAGGUUGGAAGCAACUGAACUGAAUGAGCUUCUGACUCUGGAGGAACAGCAAUUGGAUACCAAUCGGAAUUCCGUAUCUCUUAUUGAUCAUGCGGCUCGAGAUGGACCGGACACUACAAAAGUUACGAAAUUUGAGCUGUCCCCCGAGCCGGUUGGUCCUGCACCUGUUGCGCGUAAGCGUAAAUCACAGAAACGUAAAGGAGAGCAAUCGGAAGAACUAACAUCAACGGCUUAUCGUGAACGAUUGCUUAAGCAAAGCGCAGAAAAGGAAGUGAAAAAUAUCAAAAAAGGUCAACGCAGAAACAAACGGAAAAAGGCGGACACCAACACUGAUACGGACGUCCUUUGUCCUUCAUGUGGAGUACGUUUCAGUGAUUCAAUAGAUGGCAGAGGCUGGAUGAUGUGCCUCAAAUGUCGUGUAUGGUAUCAUAGUGAAUGUGGUUCCAACGACGAAAUGAUGUGUGAGGCGUGUUCUUAAGCUGUUUUGUUGUGAUAUUCAGGAGUUCCAUGAUUAAUUCCUCAAAAAUGAAUUGAUAAAGGUUUUGUUUAAAACUGUUUUUUGUUAAUUUUUCAAAAAAUGCGAGAUUUUUAUGAUUGCCUGAUAGAUCUGCAGAUCUACAGUCAAGGACGGACGAUUAAUAAACGUAACAUAUAACCAUUGAUACAAUGUGCAGAAUAAAUGAAUUCGGAGCUUAA